AUGACUGGACGACAAGCAGCCACUGCUCUUCUGCGCAAUGCCGCCAGUCCAGCGCUGCGUCGUUGUGCCUCGAGCUCUGCUGCCACGGCCACCCGCGCUCCACCUCACCUCUUGACGCUCGCCGAUCUGUCUCCCGCUCAGAUCGCCUCGGUGUUGGAGUCAGCAAUUGAGUUCAAGCGUGCUUUCCGAGCGUCAUCCUUGGCUCUUCCCGAAACGUCUCGCAAGCAGCUUGCAGCUGGCGAAUCGCCUAUCGUGCAGAGCUUGAAGAACAAGUCAAUCGCCAUCAUGUUCAGCAAGCGCAGCACUCGAACUCGUGUCGCAUCUGAGACCAGUGUAGCUUCACUCGGAGGUACAGGCUUGUUCUUGGCUCCCUCUGAUAUCCAAUUGGGUGUCAACGAGAGCUUGUACGACACUGCAAAGGUUGUGAGCUCCAUGGUGGACGGUAUCAUGGCUCGUGUCGGUGGACACGACGAGGUGGAGCUGCUCUCCAAGCACUCGACUGUACCAGUAAUCAACGCUCUUUCGGCUCGGUACCAUCCUACGCAGAUCCUGGCUGACCUUCAGACGAUGCUCGAGAUCUACGCACCCGCAUCGUCUCCUACCGACCUCGCCUGCUUGGCAGGUCUCAAAGUUGCUUGGGUCGGAGACAGCAACAACAUUCUCAACGACAUGCUGGUCGCCUACCCACGCCUUGGUAUCAACCUUUCCGUUGCUACACCCAAAGGUCCGGCUUAUCAACGUGACGAGCUCGUCUGGGGUACCAUGCAAGAUGGACUCGGGGCACUCUCCAAGUCAGGCUCCUCGCCUGUCAGUCUCGGCCAAGUCACUUGGUCCAACGACCCCGCCGAAGCCGUCAAGGACGCCGACAUUAUCGUUACCGAUACAUGGAUCAGCAUGGGCGACGAAGCACAAAAGGAACAGCGCCUGCGCGACUUUGCCGGCUUCCAGGUCACCGAACAGAUGGCCAAGCAAGGCGGCGCCAAACCUGAUUGGAAGUUUAUGCACUGCUUGCCGCGAAAGGGCGACGAGGUGGACGACCAGGUGUUCUACUCGGAUCGUUCUGUUGUCUUCCCUGAGGCCGAGAACCGAAAGUGGACCAUCAUGAGCUUGUUCGAUCGAAUGUUUGGUCGUUGGGAAUUGUGA